AAGUAGAGUAGAGCGACUUUCUCACUCGGUUUCCUUCCAAAAGAAAGAGAAAGAGCGUCGUUUUGAGAAAAUGAGUCGGAACGCAGGCAGCUCCAGCGAAAGUAGCAUUCCGUCUCCGAUGAGGAACCUGUUUCAGAAAAGUGGGAGUCAAGCAGUGUACGAGAUGUCAGAGACAAAGAAAGCUUGCGUGAUGAGAAUCGACAUGCCUGGUUGUCCCGAGUCAGAUCUCACCUACUGGGUCGACGACAACAACGUCCACUUCUUCGCCGACGAACCAGCCAUGCCCGAGUACGAAAACACCGGUCGCAAAUACGGAGGCUCCAUGGUUUUCAACCCUGAGUCUUACAACGUCAAGAAAGUUAAGGUGAAGCUUAUCAACGGAGUGCUCUGGAUCACCGUCCCUAAGAUCCCAGGCAAAAACGCCCCCAUUGAUGUCAUUGAGAGGAUCAUCCGUUACUGAUUUGGUUUGUGUCUCGUAUCAAUGGUACAUGUGUCUACGGUUUUAGCUAGCUAGCUAGCGUCUCUAUCUAUCUAUGAACUUUGAUGCAGCUGCUUUCUGUUUUGUCUUUUAUGGUUUAAGAACGCUCUUGCUUCUAUGUCGUGAUCUCAAUAAUGAAAAAGUUGUCGGCUU